AUGCCGCUUUUCAUAUCGGAGGAAGAGUUCGGGCGGUGCUCGGGCGAUGCCGGCCUGGUGGCGGAGAAGGCGGACGCGUUUAUCCGUGAGCUUUUCGGCCAGAUUGAGACGGUCAAGGCGGAGGCUGAUGCCGCUGCCAUUACUCUCGAGCAGACGUGCUCGCUGAUCGAGCAGAAGUACGUUUCCCUUACGGAGGAGCACUCGUCUCUCCAGUCGCAGCACUUGGAGCUCAGGUCCUCGCUCGAGCAGCGCACUUCCGAACUGGGUCAGCUCCAAACCGAGAAGCAACAGCUUCGUCUUGAAUCUAUCGAGAAAGAUGGGGAGAUUGAGAGGCUCACACGGGGAGCAUCGGAACUCCAGAAAUCAAAGAGGCAGUUGAUGGAGCUUUUGGAGCAAAAGGAUUUGGAAGUUACAGAGAAAAAUAUCACUAUUAAGAGUUAUCAUGAUAAGAUUGUAAAUUUGGCUGAAAAUGCCGCUUCAAAAGAUGCACGCGUGGGAGAACUUGAGGCUGAAUUGGGACGAUUACAGGCUUCGUCCUCCCGCCUUUUGCAGCAGGAAAAGGAGCUUCUUGAGAGGCAUAACACUUGGCUUAAUGAGGAGUUAACUGCUAAAGUUGACAGUCUUAUCCAGCUGCGCAAAGCAAAUGGAGAAUUAGAAGCUGAAAUGUCAUCUAAGCUUAUGGAAGUUGAGAAUAAAAUGAAGGAGAGCUCCACGUCUUUGUUAUUGCAGAAGGACAGAGUGAAAGAGUUGGAGGAAAAGCUGGCAUCCCUGGAAACAGAACUGUUGUCGACCAAGGAUGCUGCUGCAGCUUCAGAGGCUCGUUUCACUGCUGAAAUCGCAACUGUAACCAAGCUCUUGGAUUUAUAUAAGGAAAGUUCUGAGGAAUGGUCCAAGAAGGCAGGAGAGCUAGAGGGAGUGAUCAAAGCUUUGGAAACUCAUUUAAAUCAAGUUGAAAGUGAAUACGAAAGUAAGCUUCAGAAGGAAGUCUCUGCAAGGAAAGAAUUGGAGAAGGAGUCUGCUGAUUUGACAGAGAAACUUCAGACUGUUGAAGCAGAAUUGACAAACUUGAAGAAACAAAAAGAUCUAAAUCAUCUUCCUCUGAGUAGUUUUACAAUAGAGCCAGCGUCUAAUUCUGUUGAUGCCAACGAAGCAGCUGGGGACGAUAGAGCAAUUGUACCCAUGAUUCCAGCUGGUGUUUCAGGAACAGCAUUAGCUGCUUCGCUCAUCAGGGAUGGAUGGACUCUGGCCAAGAUAUAUGCCAAGUACCAAGAAGCCGUUGAUGCACUAAGGCAUGAGCAGUUAGGAAGAAAGCAAACACAGGCUAUAUUGGAGCGGGUGCUUUAUGAAAUAGAAGAAAAAGCUGGAGUCAUCAUGGAUGAACGAGAGGAACAUGAGAAGCUUAUUGAUGCUUACUCUGCCUUAGAUCAAAAACUGCAGCGCUCACUGUCUGAACAUUCUGUGUUGGAGAUGACCAUUCAGGAGCUGAAGGCAAGCUUAAGGAAGCAAGAGCGUGAUUAUACUGUUGCACAGAAGGAGAUCGUUGACCUCCAGAAAGAGGUGGCUGUUCUCUUAAAAGAAUGUCGAGAUGUUCAGUUGCGUUGCGGAUCAGUUUCUCGCUAUCACGAUGAUGAGAUGGUUGGUGGUCCCACUGUACCGUCGCUUUCUUCAUCAAGUUCUGAAGAUAUCAUAUCUGAACGGCUGUUAACAUUUAAGGACAUAAAUGGAUUAGUUGAGCAGAAUGUCCAGCUGCGGAGUCUUCUCCGCAACCUUUCUGGCCAGAUUGAGGAGAAAGAAGCAGAGUGGAAGGAUAAGCAUGAGAGACAGCUUCAGAUGCUUAAGGAUGAAACCACAUCUAAAGUUCAAGCAGUGUUACAAAGAGCAGAGGAACAGUCCCAAAUGAUUGAGUCACUCCAUAGCUCUGUGGCAAUGUACAAGAAAUUGUACGAUGAGGAACACAAACAUCGUACGUCCUCCACUCGCACACAAGUUGCAGCUCCAGAACAAGGAAGCAGGGAAAUUGUGGUUCUACAGGACAGUAACCAUGAUGCAUCAAGAAAGGUGCAAGAACAGGCUUCGGAACGUUUGAAAAAUCUUGAAGAUGAUUUAGCAAAAUCUAGGAGUGACCUAAUAUUAUUACGAUCUGAGCGCGACAAGUUAGCAUUGGAAGCGCAGUUUGCACAAGAAAAACUUUCCAGAUUUAUGAAGGAAUUCGAGCAUCAGAGAGAGGAGCAUAACAAUGUUAUAGCCAGAAAUGUUGAGUUUUCACAGUUGAUUGUUGACUACCAAAGAAAGAUGCGGGAAAGUGCUGAGUCUUUCGAUUCGGCAAACGAAAUCUCUCGGAAGUUAACUAUGGAGGUGUCGAUUUUGAAGCAUGAAAAAGAAAUACUGCAGAGCUCUGAGAAGAGAGCUUCUGAUGAAGUUCGUGGUUUGUCAGAAAGGGUUUAUCGCCUGCAGGCUAGUUUGGACACCAUGCAGAGUGCUGAAGAAAUGCGAGAGGAAGCCAGAGUUAUUGAGAGGAGAAAACAAGAUGAGUAUGUCAACAAACUUGAGAGAGAAUGGGCCGAGGCAAGAAGGCAGCUACAGGAAGAGCGAGAUAAUGUUCGGAAUCUUACUCGGGAGCGUGAAAGUUCCUUGAAGAAUGGUUUUAGGCAAGUUGAAGAAUUGAGUAAAGAAUUGACUACUGCCUUGCAAUCUGUAGCAGCUGCUGAGUCUAGGGCUGCAGUUGCUGAGGUACUGUCAAUAAUACAUAUUAGUAUUCAUUGCAGUCAUUAUCGAACUAAUCUUUCUAACUUAGACUGUGCUGCUUAUACUCCUGUUGAUCUUUUUCAGCUACUGGUGAAGUUCCGGGAUGAAGUUGAAAAAUUGAGAGAGGAAGCACAGGCUAGCAAAGAUCAUAUGCUUCAGGUAGUCAAAUUCCAUUUUUGUACUUCAAUUCUGGUUUUCAAAAUUUACAUUUUAUUUCCUUUUCAGUACAAGAACAUUGCUCAAGUAAAUGAAGAUGCACUCAAACAAAUGGAGGUUGCCCAUGAGAGUUAUAGAAAGGAGGCUGAUGAAGUUAAGAAAUCACUGGAAAGUGAGAUUCAAUCACUUAGGGAGCGUGUUAGUGACUUGGAAAGUCAAUGUAAACUGAAAACUGAGGAAGCACUUUCUGCAGUUGCUGGAAAGGAAGAUGCUGUUGCUGGUGCUUUGUCUGAGAUUGCCAGUCUGAAGAACGAUUGUGCUACUAAAAUGUCACAAAUUGUGUUGUUGGAAUCUCAAAUAUCUGCCUUCAAAGAUGAUCUGGAGACCGAACAUCAGCGUUGGCGAACUGCUCAAGACAAUUACGAAAGACAGGUUAUUCUACAGUCAGAGACAAUUCAGGAGUUAACGAAAACGUCGCAAGCCUUGGCUUCAGCUCAAAAUGAGACAUCUGAGCUCCAUAAAGUGGUGGAUCAUCUCAAAACUGAAAAUGUCAAUCUGAAAUUGAAAUGGGAGACCGAGAGCUCAACAAUCGAAGCCUACAAGAAUGAGGCGGACAAAAAAUACGACGAGGUGAACGAGCUGAACAAGAUCCUGCACAGCCGGCUUGAAGCCCUGCACAUCAAACUAGCCGAGAAAGAACGUGGAACUGCUUCCGGGAGUGGGCCCCACAGCCUUACGGAUGAUGACGGGCUACAGAGCGUGGUGAGCUACCUGCGUCGUUCAAAGGAAAUAGCCGAGACUGAGAUUUCCUUACUGAAGCAGGAAAAGAUCCGGCUUCAGUCCCAGCUGGAGAUCUCCCUAAAAUCGGCAGAGGCUGCACAAUCAUCACUCCAAACAGAGCGCGCGAAAUCCCGAGCAAAUUUGUUCACCGAGGAGGAAUUCAAGUCCCUUCAGCUACAGGUCAGGGAACUAACUUUGCUCCGGGAAAGCAACGUGCAGCUCAGGGAGGAGAACCGGCACAAUUUUGAGGAAUGCCAGAAGCUUCGUGAAGCACUCCAGAAUGCCCGGUCCGAAAUUGAGAGUUUGGAGAGGCUAAUAAGAGAGAGGGAUGCCUACCUAGAGACCUUCAGGAAAGAGAUGGAAAUCGUGAAAAUGGAAAAACUGAAUCUUGAGAAAAGAGUUGAAGAGCUUGUGGAGAAGUCGAAGGAGGUCAGUUUGGACGAUUAUAAUCGCCUGAGGGACUCUCUUCAGCAGGCGCAGGUUAACCUAAGGGAGAAAGAUGCUGAGAUGGAGGAAGUCAGGCGACAGCUGUCGGAAAAGGAGAGUGUGCUCUCGAAUCUGGAGAAACUAUUGUCAGAUAGGCAGGAAGUGGUGUCAAACUUAGAGCGGGAUCUCGCGAGGAUCAGAACCGAGCUGAAUGAGAGGGAGUCCAGGAUUGCUGAGCUCUCGAAAAUUGAGGCUUCCCUGAAAACCGAGGUUGAUAAGCUUAAGCAGAUAUACAGUCGGGGGAGGAAAGCCUUGACUAACAUGCAGAAGGAUAGGGAUGAGCUGACGAAUCAGAAGGAGAAACUGUCUAAGGAAUUAGAGGAAACCAAACAGGAGAUGGCCAGGCAAAUAGAGGAAGCAGCCAAGCAGGCGAAGGUUAUUAACUCAGCCGAUUCGAGCAGCAGCGAGCAGACCCUGAAGGAGAAGGAAUGGAAAAUACAUACCCUCGAGAAAUCGCUCGAGAAGCACAGGGACGAGCUGAAGAAGGAGAGAGAGGAUCACAAACGGGAGAAAGACAAGAGAGAGAAGAUCAAGAAGACGGUCAUCGAGUCUCGCGAUGUGGUGAGUCAGCAGAGGACUAAGCUUAUAGACGAGCUGAAGAAGCACCAGGAAGCUCUGAGGAGCCUUCAGGAAGAGGUUGAGAGAUUGAAAGGCUCUGGAAACCAGAUUCAGUCCGAGAUGACAAAUUCUAGUAUUUUGGAGGAUUUUGCCUCGGCUUAUGUCCAGGCUGUCGAGAGUUUCGAGCAGGUGGUUCAACCUGUUUGUGGUGAUGACCUGGAUUCUUCUACCCUCUCUGAUGUCCCAUCUUCAGACCAGGUUUCCACACCUGCAACUAAAGCUCCUGCCCCUUCGAAUAAUCCACCUCUAUCGAGAACUAACGAGGAUAAAGAAAAACGGCUCACGUUAGCAAAGUCGAACGUGAAACUCGGAAGGAAAUUGGUUCGUCCUAGCAUCAUUAGACCUAAGGAACAACAACAGCCACAAGGAGGCGGCGACGUGGACAUGUCCGAAGCAGACGAGCAGCCCACCAACUCCAUGACUGUCCAGAGUGUGGAAGGCCAAACGAGCUUGACACUGGCUUCACAAGCAACAACUGCGUUUGGACGAAAACGGCCCUCGGCUUCAUCUUCCUCCGACCUGCAAGACGAGACGCUCCUCCCCGAGGAAACGACCCCCGGCGAUGUGCUGGUGCCUCUCUCGAAAAAAUCCAAAUCCUCGGAGGAGGAGCAGCAGCAACAGGGUGACGAGGAACCACCAUCUGCGGACCCCAUGGUGGAAGUUCCGGAUGAUGACGUGGCGACUGUCAACAAGGAUGAGCCCGUCGAUUCCGAAAAAGACGAGGCGGCCGAAAGAGAUGAAUCUGAAACUGGAGAGCAACAAGCGGAGGAGCUGCCGAAAUCAGACGGGCCACAAGUUCCGGCCGUCGAGCCGCCAGCUGGCAGCGACCCGGCAGAUGAGAGUUUAGACAAGCCUGGUGAGGAGUCGGUUUUAUCCGACGAUCAGCUUAGGGACCAAACAGAACAUGACAGAGAGGAGGGAGAACUUGUUGGGGACUUUAUUAUUGCCGACAGUAAUGACGAUGGUGACGAGGUGGGGCCCACGAGCACAGGGGAGCUGCUUCAGGUUGACCAAUCUCCGGUGGAGCCUGUGACUGUGAGUUCUUCGCCGGUGGGCUUGGAGGCUGGGGAGAUCGAGGAAGAAGAGAAGAACGAGGAUGAGAGCUUGCCUGAGAAGUCUGCAGAAAAUGAUCAGAAUCUUCUGGAGUCGUCUUCAAAUGCUGCUGCUGCUGUUUCUAGUGCUAAUACUACUAUUACUACUACUAAUGAGGAUGCAUCGACUAGCAGUGUGGGACCCGCUUUAUCACCUGAGGCGGGAGGGAAGCCGGUGAAUAGUGGGAGCUCGACGACUAUUAAUCUACAGGAGAGGGCAAGGCAGAGAGCACAGAUGAGACUACAGGCGGGCAUGGCUGGUGCUAAUCCACCGAGUAGGGGUCGUGGGAGAGUGGCGCGUGGCCGUGGGGCCCGAGGUCGGGCUGGACGUGGACAGUCACCCGGUUAA